AGGUGUACGGCUGGGAACCGGCGCGUACUUACGAUACGCUGAUCAUGGGUUGGGGCAAAAUCAGUGAUUUGUCUGUUUGCGAUUCGCAACUCAUUGCCGGCGGGUUUUCGUUGACAAACGUUUCUGUAUAUGCGGUGGACUUGAAAAAAGUACAGCCGUUUGGGAACGCGAUUCCAUCCAAACAACAGAUCUAUUCGAGAGACAGCCCCUCCAGGUCAUUAGAAUCUAACCGAAGCGAUGAGGCGGAGACGGGAACGUCCGACGGCGACGAGUCAUCCCUCGCAGAGAUUAUGAAUAUCGGAGACCAUAGAGAGAUCUUUCAGUCUAGAAGAGAGUUAUGCCGAACCCCUCCCAAAGUGAUUCCAUUUAUUCCAAAUGACUUAAUUUCUGGUCCUUUUUGCACCGAUUUACAACGAAAACAUAGCGAUCCUAACCUAGCGGUCAGUUCGUCGCCUUACGGGCCGUUCUCCCAAAUAAACCGAUCGCAACAAUCGCUGGUCAACAGCAGAUCGUUAGCGGAAUUGGCGUUUAUUCCAACGCUGGCGCCAGAGGUGCCGACUCAUCCGCUCAAGUCAUCUUUCAGAGAACCGCUUCCAUCGAUUCCACAUCAGUUGCAACCAUUGAAACCACUGAAUCCCACCCCCAAUAACACCAAUAGUUUCGUUAAGUCUACGUCUGCCACAGCACUUAACCACUUGUCUCACAACCCGAUCGGCCAUUCCAUCAACAUUUCCAAUAACAACAAUAAUAACCAUUCCGUCAAUAAUUCCUUCAUUACAAACCAUAAUAACCAUCGGAUCACAAAUUUAGUGCAUCCGCGGCCAUCGGAAACUGUAUCUGUUGUACGGCCUGUGGUUAACGACAACUGUAAGACCGCCAGCGCUUCAAUUCUCAGUACAAAUGGAGUCCACUCUCAACAAAAGGCUGCCAUUGUUUUCCCCGAAACACGAUCUCCUCCGACGCCAAUGGACGGGCCGUUGGAAUUAAUUCCCGAGACUCGUGACCAACCGGCGGGACUCGAUUUGGAUGAAUUUUUGCCCAAACAUCUUCAGGACACUAUGCGAUUGGGUAUUCAUCCGCAGCCGGAAAUGUCAGAGUCUGAGGCCAUGUCCGCCAUAAUGAGAGGACACAAAUCAAUAGUCACUGUAUUAUCUCAUCGACGAAAGAACAUGUGUAUAAUACUGGCGAUGUGGAGCUCUAAGGACUCACGCAAUGCAUUGGAACAGGCAAUCCAUAUGGAGGACCAGUCCGUCAUUGUCGACAUUCUCAAUGUCAUCACUUUGAAGCCAGCUGUAUGGACUCUAGACAUGUGUCAAAUUCUUCUUCCAUGUAUUCAAGAUCUCCUUCAGAGUAAAUACGAAAGAUAUUUGAAUUGGUGUCAACACAAUCUGAGCAUAUAG